AUGCAUUGUUAUCCUAAUCUCGGUGAGCAUCUGCAUGACUGUUACUUUGAACUCUCAGGUGAGUCACUUAUUUCCCUUUUAUUAAAGUCUAUUUCUGGAGUUUUAUUCGUUUGGAAUAUAGUGUAUUUCUUCUUCAUUUUCCUUGUCUGUGUUGGUUUCUGUACUUUAGGUAAAACAGCCACCUCUCCCAGUCUCAACAGAAUGGUCUCUGUGGGAGAUGAACUUUGUCAUUCAGCCCAGCCCAAGCUUUUGGUUGCUUCUCAAACCUUCAUGAUAGUCCAAGCUACCUUCUUUGUUCUUGGUGUUUCUUAG